GAGAAAUUGUCUUGAAAACAACGAUCCCAGUGGCUUGUCAAUAUUUGGACGGACUACCUAUUCAGGAUCAGUGUAAAUUGACAUUAGAGAUGGGUAAAAAGAAAAUACCUGAAUGCACCGGAGACGUACGAAGCACCAUGGACUGCAGCAAUGUGCUAACAUCGCUGAAUGCAGAUGGAACCUUUGAACCAGCAGAGAUACGGUUCCCAAUUGUAACUGUGGACAUUGAUUACAACGACAAAAGCGUGUUUGACAUCGAUCUCAGAUUUGGGUCGCACACAAGCGCGUUGUGGCAUAAUUAUGUUCUUCCGAGUGUCCGGGUCAUUGUCGAGGACAUGGAAGAGUACAAAAGCAAGUGGUGUUACUCUCAUAUUGAUCCACAUAUGAGGACUACAGAUGGAAGAUAUUACGAACAACAAAGCGAUGCCGGAGUUUAUAUGAUGUACACCAAUAAGGCGUAUGAUAUUGAGGUACAGCAGAAAACUAAACCAUGCAACAACGAUCAUGCAAUGUGCGCCUGUUGUGUUGCUGUUCGUGCAGGGAAGGACGUGUUCAUGAUAAAUAGAUGCGGAUCAAUCCAUUACAUUGAUUUUGUCCAUUGUGGCGAAGGGGGGAUAUUGGAAGUUCUAGAAAUAAACUCCGAAAAAUAUAGGGUUCUGACACCAAUUGGAACACGUAUUGAAAUUCGUCUUUAUGGUGGUAGCUAUGAAGGAACGAUGAAUAUAGACAUAUACAUGGCUCCUAAAGAUUUUAACAGCAUUGAAGGAUUAUGUGGAACAUUCGACAAUGAUGUCAAUAAUGAGUUUUUGGGCAGUAAUGGUCAGCAACUGCUGAAUGAGAAUGACUUCGCUGAGUCAUGGAGAAUGGACAGUGACACCCAAAAUACUGGUUUGAAGGAAAAGAAUCUUUUCAUAAACUCAGAUCGAAGUUUGCAGUCAUGGAAAGAAAGAAAUCAUUUGUACUGCUUUUGUCAAAGCGGAGCCGCGAACUGUUCGUCUACUCAGUAUUACAAGUGUUCAUUCCCAAACAGCAUAACGCCAUUAAAAUGUCAUGUUUCCAAAGGAAACAGGAAGAAGCGAGGAACAGAUUCUCACAUGAAAGAGUUGCGGCGACUUUUUGAUUUGAUGAACUCUGUCGACCCCCCAAUGCACUAUUUGUACAAGCGCCAAGCAGGGGCCCAGGAUAUUACCACUGAAGAUGCAAAUAAAGCAUGCACGGCUUUAAUAAACGGAAGUUUAGCGGUGCAGAGUUAUUCAGAUUUGUCGGCGCUUGAAAACCCUCAAGAAGUUAUAAAAAACUGCGCGUAUGAUGUUAGGGUUGGUGGAACGUUAGUUUGGGCAAACGCACAUGUGGAGUCGUAUAACGACUUGGUAAAGAAUAUGAUAGACUUACAACCGGAAUACGCUGCUAACAACACUGAGAGGAUAGACGUUUUUCUGGCAAAUACUUGUCCAUCUAACUGCACAGGAAACGGAAAUUGCACACUCGUUAAUAAUAGUGGGGAAGGCGUGUGCGUUUGCGAUACAUUUUACCAUGGAGCUGAUUGUUCGAUCGAUGAAAGAGAUCCGUUGAUAAUAGACGACAUAGAAACUGGGGGUGAAUGCGACACUGCUGAAAGGUCCGACGACUGUCGAUGUUUUUCAAUAAGGAGCGGUGCCAUUCUGCGUUCCAUUCGGUGCAAUGUUAAGACAUUCAAGAUAUCCAUAAACGGGGAAGAAGAAUUGGUUUCUGAAUAUCGUUCAAAUGGUUCAUACGAAGAUAUAUUCACUGGGGUUUGUUGCUCCAACCACAACAAGUACGACGCUGAUGCAUUUGCAGUGAAGUACGAGGUUUCAGCAAGUAACGGUGGCUCUAAUUAUGGCAAUAUCAAAUCGGUCUUUGUAUUUGAUUCUACAUGCCAAAAUGUUGCUUACGAUAAAAAUACGAACGGGACUGUCUUUUUAAAUACCACAAGCGGAUGUUUUAUCGAGAAUAGGUGUUAUUCUGAUGGUGAAGUUUCACCGUUAAAUACUUGUCUGAGAUGCAACUCCUCCGUCAGUGCUACAGACUGGUCUGAAGCACCAUGCACAACAACGACGGUUAGUACCACAACUACGACAAACCCUACAACUACUAAAAAACCAACGACAACAACUGCAGAGCCUAUGACAAGUACUGUAGAGCCUACGACAACUACUGCAGAGCCAACGACAACUACUGCAGAGCCAACAACAACAACUGCAGAGCCUACGACAACUACUGUAGAGCCUAUGACAAGUACUGUAGAGCCUAUGACAAGUACUGUAGAGUCUACGACAACUACUGCAGAGCUUACGACAACUACUGCAGAGCCAACAACAACAACUGCAGAGCCAACAACAACAACUGCAGAGCCAACAACAACAACUGCAGAGCCAACAACAACUACUGCAGAGCCAACAACAACAACUGCAGAGCCAACAACAACUACUGCAGAGCCAACAACAACUACUGCAGAGCCAACAACAACUACUGCAGAGCCAACAACAACUACUGCAGAGCCAACAACAACUACUGCAGAGCCAACAACAACUACUGCAGAGCCAACAACAACUACUGCAGAGCCAACAACAACUACUGCAGAGCCAAAAACAACUACUGCAGAGCCAAAAACAACUACUGCAGAUCCAACAACAACAACUGCAGAGCCAACAACAACUACUGCAGAGCCAACAACAACUACUGCAGAGCCAACAACAACUACUGCUGAGCCUACGACAAGUACUAACCUACAACCACUACUGCACUACCCACAACAACUACUGAAGAGCCAACGACAACUACUGUAG